GGUGAAAUGUCAUUCUGCCUGAGCACUCAGCAUAUCGUCCAGAAAUUGUAUGUGCAGUGAUCGCGCCAUUUAAGUAUUAGUACAGGUUUAUUUUUUAUCCCCAAGUGAUUUAAUGUGAAAGACAGAUGUUGACUCUACACACAAGCAGGUAAUCUCAUUACCCGGUCUCGACAGCCAGACAUGCCAUUUAUCGUUCCCUGAUAUAAAUAUCAUUAGUUGCCAUGGAAACAGAUGAGAAUGAUGACUACAGCCCAUCAGAUUACUGGAAGACUGAUUUACCAGCACUCACGCCUGAUGAUAUUGAUCUGAUUACCGUGGACCGCAUGGUGAAACCAGAUGAAGAAGAAACAGAAGAUCAUUUGUAUUGGGCACUCCGAGAUCACAGAAGUUGUUCGAAUUUUGAGGAUGAUUCUCUGAGUGUCCCAAAGCAUGAAGAUGGUUGCGUAUCCCAGCAACCGAAGGACAAAGAUCAACAGAAUAUGGAUAGAGAAAAGAAGACCAGAAUUCAAGAAGUGUCACCGAAUUACGAUGACGGAACGAAAUUUAACGAUAGCCUGAAUGAAUUUUACCAAACGCAUGAUGAGAUGCUGCAACACAGACAGCAACAAAUGCAGUUUGCGCAGCCAGGCUGCAUGGAAGAACUGCAGCAGGACACGCCAGAGGAAAACCAAUAUGCCCCAAUAGAAAAUAAGAGAGAAGCUACAAGACCUAAUAAAUUGGAGAUAAAAAGCCAAAAUAUUACAGCAGUGUUGGAAGAGAUUGAUGCAAGUACAAAAAUAAAUAAUGGCAUUAAGCACCCAGAUAUAAAGACUGAAUAUCCUAUCACAACCACCAGACAAUUAGUGUCGCCUACGAUAUCUAACCUUCAGAACAUGGAUGUUGCAGUACAGCCUGGAAUGAAACGUAAAAAAUAUGACUCUGAAUCAACCAGGCCUCCAUCAGUUUUUUCCUCCAAGAUGUUGGGACAUUUGAAUUUUCGUAGCCAAUCUGAGAGUGGGAUUAAACUUUCUAGAACUGUUCACAAAGCACAAAAUGGCGAUUUGCGGCUAAAUCGACGAAUGUCCCUGCAGCAGAUACUCAACGAUAACGAUAUGGUUAAUAACGUGCAGAGUAAAGUGUUUCAUUUCAGUCAGUCAUUCGAUUCUUCAGUGUUUUCGCCUCUAGAAGGGAAGUCAUGUCUAGGUGCAUUUCAGUUCGGUGCUGAUGACCAGAAGAAAUCUCUUUUCACAGUUGGUAUGUCACCGACAGAACAUAGGAAGAAACUUAUCAACCAGUCGUCAUCUGAAGACUUUGAUGAUAGUGUCUUCAAUAGCAGUCCAGAAAAAGCUGAAUCUACUGUGAUUGCGAAUGUAAAGGAAAAGGAGAACAAACAGGAAACCGAACAGGAAAGACCUGUUGAUUUGAAGCUGUUGAGUCAAGAGAAAAUAUUGCCAUUGAACCAGUCACCAAUGGAUAACAGACAGACAUUUACUGUUACAAAAUCAAGACCUCAGUCCCUGACUCAAUUCAAUCUUCCACAAAAUGAAAAAGCAGUCAGUCAACUGGCAAAAGCCAAGUCAGUAGACAUGAAAGAACCGAUAGCACCCACGCAGUCACGUUGGAGAAAUCAAUUCAAGAGUUGGUUAUUUGGGUCAAAGUCAGUUGAUGUCAUCGAAGAGUCUACACCAGUUGAAAAAACUAAACCGGACGUGAAAAUUAGUUUCCAAGACAUGGGGACAUUUGAAGGUAAGAUGCUUGUGGACUGGUUGUGUUCGUCUGCUGGGAACAGUGAUCAACAAAUCAUGAGAUCGGUAGCGUUAGUGUUCUGUAACAAUCUGGUUGAUAUUGGUGUACUCAAACCCAAGGAGACUGCCAAUCAGGGCGGAGUACACAGAUUUAUGAUCGACUCAAUGUACUGUUGGUCCCAUCAGUCACAUUCAUCAACAACACAAGUAUCGCAAGUAUCAUCUCCGGGACGAUUGGCUCAAGUCUGGCCACCACCUCAGGCGCAACCAACCACAGAGGCUGCCCUGAGGUAUUCUGAAGCAGCAUUCAGAAAAGAGCAUCAACAGGUGAUAAUGGGACUGAAACGCCAGCAUAAGGAGCAGUUAGAUAAAUUACAGGACCAGUAUGAGUUAAGUUUAUUUCAACUUCGCGGCGAGUACGCUGUUCGAACAGUGCAACUAGAGGAUGAGUUAAAACAAUUGAGAAAAGAACGUAACAAGUACAAACUGGUUGCUGACGACUUUGAGCGGAAAAGAACAACUCUCUAUGUAGACGAAGCAGUUCAAACUGAUAAAAUAGAAGUUAAGAUCAAAGUCAAACCCAUCUCGCAACCAGACGAGGAGGAUGUCAAACAAAAGCUUACAGGUCCUCCACAACAAAUACAGUUGCCAAAAUCAGAAGAUACAUCAAAAGAGAAGUUUCUUGAAUCUGUUUCUCCAACACUGUCACCAUUGUCAGAUGAUGGCAUUCUAGGACAACCACUUGCACCACCACCUCCGCCACCACCACCACCGCCACCCGAUGGCAUUCCAGGACAAUCACUUGCACCACCACCACCGCCGCCGCCACCACCACCACCACCACCACCACCACCCGAUGGCAUUCCAGGACAACCGCCACCACCACCUCCACCACCUCCACCACCGCCACCCGAUACCAUUCCAGGACAAUCACUUGCACCACCGCCGCCUCCACCACCACCACUACCACCACCACCACCACCACCACCACCACCACCACCACCACCACCACCGCUGGAUGGCAUUCCAGGACAAUCACUUGCACCACCGCCGCCACCACCACCACCACCACCACCACCGCCACCAAAUGGCAUUCAAAGACAACCACUUGCACCUCCUCCACCGCCACCUCCAGGAGGAUAUCCACCUGGUGCCUCACACCCUCCUCCUCUCCCUCCACCACUCUUCAGCAUGCCAACACCUCAAGGUCCCCGAAAACCAAUAUUGGAACCCAGCGCACCAAUGAAAGCUUUGUAUUGGAAGAGAAUACAAGUUAACGAAGUUGAUAAGAUUUGUCAAAAUCAACACAUGAAGCGUCACCCCAUAUUAUGGGAUAACUUGCAAGAGCUCAGCAUUGAUCCACAAGAAUUUGAAGCCAAAUUUUCAAAGAAAUCCACUAUAAAAAAGAAACCAUUGUCAGAAUCUAUGAAGCGAAAAAAAUCACAAAAGGUCUUGAAAUGUCUUGAUACGCAACGGUCUCAAGCGGUAGCCAUUUUGAUAUCUGGUUUACGCGUUGCGAUGGACGAUAUCCGGAAUGCAGCAAUAAACAUGGACACGUCGGAAAUCGAUGUUGAGAAUCUACAAGCUAUAUAUGAUAUUAGACCCAUGAUGGAUGAAAUCGAAAAGAUUAAAUCCACAUUAGAGAAGAACAAAAAUACACCACUGGAUAAACCUGAGCAGUUUUUGCUGUCUGUAUCGGAGAUUCCAUGCUUUUCUGAACGAGUCCAUUGUAUACUUUUCCAGCAUUCCUUUGAUGAGAAUAAGUCUAAUAUUGAAAGAAACCUGAACACCAUUAAAAAAAUAAGUGAGGAGUUGAUAUGCAGUGAGAGUAUCCAAAAAGUCCUAGGAUUGGUGCUCGCUUUUGGCAACUACAUGAAUGGAGGAAGUCGUACGAGAGGACAAGCUGAUGGUUUCAGUUUGGAUAUUUUACCCAAACUAAAAGAUGUCAAAAGUUCUGACAACAGUUCAAGUUUAUUGCAGUAUAUAGUACAUUAUUACGUGACUCACAUAGAUGAACAUGCUGGAACUGAACUGUGUCAGUUUCCAUUACCGCAACCAACCCAUUUACAACAAGCUGCCUUGAUUAAAUUUGAAGAUCUACAGAAAGAAUUAAAACAAAUCCAGAAAAAUUUAGAAAGCUGUGAGAGGAAAAUGAACCAAGUUUUGGAGAAGAGUCAAGAGGAUCUGAUUCAGCCAUUCAAAGACAAUAUGGAAAACUUUGUAAUAUCUGCUAAACAAGAACUGAUCAAACAACAAACAUGCAUGGAGAAAACUGAAGAACAAUUUGAUAAUUUGGUGCAGUACUAUUGCCUACAGCCCAGGUCAGGUGAUAAAAAGGUCACACCAAAUUAUUUGUUUGGUUUAUGGGCACCUUUCUGUCUUGACUUCAAAGAAAUUUGGAAAAAAGAACAAGUCAAGAUCACCAAGAAAAAGAUUGAAGAAGCUAGACUUCUAGCCAAACAAAAACAAGAAGAGCAAAAAAAGUGUUUUACAACAACUCCCAAGAAACCAGGUGGCUUGAAAGCAAGACUCCUUGCCAAGGUUUUUAAAAUGAAUGAUCAGUUAAGUAUAACUAAAUGCAAUAUGGUGGGUUAA